AUGAGCGCCCCCAUCAUCUCCAUCGACACGCAGCAUGAGGACAUGAUCCACGACGCGCAGCUGGAUUACUACGGCAAACGUCUUGCCACCUGCUCGUCUGACAGGACGAUCAAGGUCUACGACGUCACGGGUGACGUGCAGAACAAUGAGCAGAUCUUGACAGGCCAUGACGGGCCUGUGUGGCAAGUCUCGUGGGCGCACCCGAAGUUUGGCGCGCUCUUGGCAGCCUGCUCCUACGAUGGCAAAGUCAUUAUCUACCGCGAGCAGAGUCUGAACCAAUGGACACAGGCUUACGUCCACGCCUUCCACAAGUCCUCGGUCAACAGCAUUGCAUGGGCUCCGCACGAGUACGGACUGAUGCUCGCCUGUGCUUCGGCUGAUGGCAUCGUCUCUGUUCUGAGCUACUCGCCGGAAGGCUGGAGUGUAAGCCACUUUAAGGACAGUGCAUUGGGCUGCAAUGCUGUGAGCUGGGCGCCGUUUCACUCGGUUGGAUCACGAGGUCCGACAGGCCCGAUCCGACGUGUGGUGACGGCGUCAUGCGACAAGACAAUCAAGAUCUGGAGCCUUGCAGAGGGUGAGACAGACUGGACGAAGCAGGAACUGAGCUCUGCUCCCGCACACAGUGACUGGGUUCGUGAUGUGGCUUGGGCCCCGAGCACGGGACUACCCGUCAACCUCAUUGCCAGCUGCUCUGAGGACAAGCACGUGUACAUCUGGUCGCAGACUGCUGCAGACGAGAGUGCGUGGAAGCGCGAGCUGUUGCACAUAUUUGACGCUCCUGUGUGGCGUGUAAGCUGGUCGACCACUGGCAAUGUGCUUGCAGUGUCCUCAGGCGACCACAAAGUGACGUUGUGGAAAGAAACGCUUGACAAGAAGUGGAUUCAAAUAUCGUCCGUUGACGAGGCUGGCGCCAUUCACAACAGCAGCGAGUAG